GAUCCAGUGGCCACAUCUACGAUCAGUUUCGCGCGAAUGGCCUGUCGACGUUGAAGUCAAUUUGAAGUCGCGUAGUAGCGCGACGACGACCGACGUGUUUUUCUUUUCAUUUCCAUAGCGUUUUAGGUAGUGAUCAACAGUGAGCUUCUGGCAAAAUGGUUCUUCUAACGAUGAUCGCGAGGAUAUCGGACGGUCUCCCGCUGGCAGCCACCAUGCAGGAGAACGAACAGAGUGGCAAAAGCAUCUUGGACUAUCAGAAUCAAGCAAAAAUGUUAUUCAGGAAGCUAGCUCCACAAUCUCCAACAAGAUGUACCUUAGAAACUGGACCGUAUCUUUUUCAUUACUUGAUUGAAAAUGGAGUCUGUUAUCUGGUGUUAUGCGAAAGGAAUUAUAGUACACGUAUAGCUUAUAGUUAUCUGGAAGAUAUUGCGCAAGAAUUUCAUGCACAGUAUGGCAAACGUGUAAAUACAGUAACCAGGCCUUAUACCUUUAUUGAAUUUGAUACAUAUAUCCAGAAAGCAAAGAAAGUCUUCUCAGACGGUAGGUCUCGCAGGAAUCUGAACACGCUUAAUACUCAGCUGCAAGAUGUGCAGAGAAUCAUGGUACAAAAUAUCGAUGAUGUCUUGCAAAGAGGUACCGUACUUUCAGAACUGGAUACGAAAACGCAAAAUCUAUCUAUGUUGUCUCAGAAAUAUAAAAAAGACGCGAAACACCUAAACAACAAAUCUAUGUAUGUGAAAGCUGUCGCAGGCCUCAUUGCAUUUCUGGUCUUCCUGUUGUAUUUCUUUGUUCUUUAGUUAAACAACAAACAAGUAAAAGGAUUCAGUAUGCAUUGAGAAUAUUCCAUUUUCAAGGACAGAAUUAAUUUCGUUAGUAAUUACGAAAUAUUGGUCAUUUUAAUACCUGUCUACAUUGAUACAUUGUCGCAUGAAAAAGAAAGAGAAAAUUCUCACUUUACAUUUAAAAAUAUAUAAAUUUUAAUAGAAUUAAAUCAACCGAUAUAUCCAAAGCAUGAUCUAUACUGAAACUAUAUAAAAAUAUGGUGUGUAAUUCUACAAUAAUACAUUCAACAUUUUUUUUUAAUGCUGUGCAAUGACACUAGAUCCAACAAAUCUUUUGUUAUAUAUAAUAUAGGAAUGAAUAGAGAUAUACGAUUUUUACUACAUCUUAUUUCUGUUGAAUCGUUCUAGUGUUCUUAUAAUAAAAAGACAAAACUAUAUUGUGCGAAGGGAUUUUUAAAAUGUACUGUAGUGAAUUUAUUUGUGUAAUAUAUAUACAUACGUAUACUUUUAUAGUUUGCUUAAGAUGAUAUUAAAUUGCUAUCAAUCUAUUGAUUUCAAAUGCUAAACAGAUAAAAUAUUAUAUCAAUCCUCGUUGUGAAGAGGAAAAUGAUUUGACUUGCUCGUAUCUUACUCAUUCCUACAUAUUUAUUUAAGUCACACAGCAUAUAUGUGAUCCUUAGUGAGCUGGUAAUCUUACGAGAAUAUAUUUAUUAUUGAUUGUGGUUAUAUUUUUGGGUGAUAUGCAGGUAUAUAUAUAUAUAUUCUCAAAGGAAAGGCAACUAAUAAAAAAAAAACGUGUACUAUAGUCGGCCAUUUACAUCGUUAGUGUUAAUCACAUUUGUAUGUAUCUCAACUGUAUCAAAACUAUAACAAUGAUGUAUUUACAAUAAAAAUAUGAGUAUACGUAAA